CAUGCGAGUGGGAGCACCAGGCGCUGGGCUCGGGGCGGAACUCCAGGGAUCGCGUGAAGAAAAUGGCAGACAAGUCGGACAUGGGGGAAAUCGCCGGCUUCGAUAAGGCCAAGCUGAAGAAAACGGAGACGCAGGAGAACACCCUGCCGACCAAAGAGACCAUUGAGCAGGAGAAGCGGCGUGAAAUUUCCUAAGAACCCGGAGGAUUCCCCGCCCCCGU